AUGUCGUCUGUACAAUUUUGUGACUCAACUGACGCUAAUGAUCAAAUAACUCAGAAUGGAUACAAUCAAUUCAACAUUCUUUGUCCGCGAUGUUCCAGUAUUGUUCUUCGCAAGAAUACAGCAAAGCUAGCCAACAAACAACACAACUUGCCCGUAUUUGCUAAAAAAUCGGAACUAUCUAAUCCCUCCAAAGAAUUCCCUACGGAACUAACUGAAGAAUUUUGGUGUGUUAACGAUAUGUACGCAUUUGAAAAUGUUGGAUUUACAAACAGCGUAAGCACAUUUCGUUACCUAACGUGUGCUGAUUGCGAUCUUGGGCCAUUGGGUUUCCAUGAUACUCAGGAAGGUCCAACUAAUGCAUAUUAUAUUGCGCUAACCCGUACCACUACUGAAGGUAAAUCAAGCUGUAAAAAAUAA